UUGUCGGCUCCUGUAUCACCCGGAAGUUGCUCUCACCAUUCAUUCGGGUGCGUAUUUGCAUACAGUAAACAACCAAGAAGCUUUAUAACUAACGUCUAUUAGCCAAGAUAUUUAAAAUGCGUAGAAAACCCGAAGCUCGUACAUCAAGUGAGGAGCGCGUCAGUCCUGACAAGCAGGAUCCGAAACUUCUGCGGCGGACUGAAGCUAAAGGCAAAGUAACGUAUUGGUCGGUGCUCAUAAACAUUGGGAAAUGUUUGCUUUUAAUCGUCAUCAUCCCUCCGUUUCUCAACUAUGCAUCGCUCCAGAGAGAAGGACAGAUGCUCGUGCCCAAAGAUGGCCAGAUUGUUGAUGUUGGCUUGGGUCAGAAGAUGCAUUUACUGUGUAAAGGAAAAGGGAUACCAGUUGUUGUACUGGAUGGACCAGCUGGAAUGUCCUCAGACAUCUGGUUUUAUAUCCAAGAAAGUCUGGCCACAAUGACAAAGGUCUGUACCUACGACAGAAUGGGACUGGGUUUCAGCAAGCGAUCGAUGCAGAAUGAAACCACAGGAACCGAAAAAGUUUGGGGCAUGUCAACAACUGGACGGAUGGUGGAUGAUCUGCACCGUCUCCUGCAGGCAGCGGGCGUAGCCAAGCCCUUCAUCCUGGUGGGCUCUGCACUGGGUGCACUCAACGCCAGGUUCUACAGCCACAUUCAUGAUAUGCAGGUGUCAGACCUGGUGCUGAUUGAUCCCAUCCCAGAGGACAUUUUCGAGGAGGACCAGUGGAAAGAGUACUGGCUGGGUAAACUGGUGCCUUCCCUCCAGGCCAGGCAGUUCUCCGCAGCGACAGGACUCAGCCGCAUGCUCAUUAUCCUGGGGGCGAUUGAGCCAAGUAUCAAAGGCGAAGAUGUCCCUGAGGAGGUCAUCCAGCGCCAGAAGUACCUGCUCAGUAACCCCGCCCAUCAGAGCAGUGCUGUGGAUGAGCAUUAUUUUUUGAAUGAAAGUGCAGCUCAAGUGAGGGACAUCACCAAGUUCAAACCGCUGUCCAGCAGGAUGACGGUGAGCGCGAUCACCGCUGACUCCUUUGACGGGCAAAUGCCGGAGCACCUGAACCAGAUGGUAGCUAAGCUUCAAAAGAAGUUUCUGGAGGAGUCCUACCCGUCAGCCAAUCACGUCCACAUAAAAGGAGCCGACUGGCGAAUGAUCUACGAGAAGCCAUCUGCCAUCAGCCAGCACCUGAAGAGGCUCGUCAACCAGCGACAGGCCGAGCAGCAGAGCCAGUGACCUCUGCCGCGGACGAGAAUCUCCCAAUAUGUUUUAAAUAUUGAAGUUCUCUUUCUACCUUCCCCUGCAGCAAUCACCAGAGAUGGUCUACACGCCUGCUAAGGUUCAUCAGCGAUUCCACUCUAGAGCCCGUUUUUGCACCGCUCUGCUCCUUUUGGAGGCUUUUUAAUUGAAGAUAACUGAAGGGUAUUCAGUGGGAUGAAAUAUUUGCAGUCUCAGAUUCAUAAAAUCUUAUCUUUCAAGUUGUUCUUCAUUCUCUUUACCUGAUUGGCCAGUGCAAAAAAAAAUUAAUGUAGCUCCUUAUCAAUGGAACAGCCACACACAUCACUGCUCAACCUGCUGCUCUGUAUCUCAUUUAGUUCUGUCCUAAUAUUCUGCUAUGUUACAGUAUAUACCCACAGGCAGAGGUGAAACGCCGCCGCUGCACCUGCUUCAGUCGCUGCUUCCAUGUAAUUGAGUUAGAUCACAACCAGACACAGACGUCUGCGUCUGGACUCCUGACAUCAUUUAUUUUAGAAACAACAAAGAUGUAUCUGGUCAUUAAUUCUGAACAUGUGUGUUUAUGGACCCAGCGUACUGAAAGAAAUCUCACACAGCAACGAUUUAUCCUGAGGAUUUAAGUUUAAUUAUGACACCACAUCAAAAUAAAAAUUUCCAACAGAUCUGGAAUUUAAUUCCAUCCAUAUACAUGCAUAGCAACAACGUUUUAAGAAACAUUUUCUCCCAUAAUCAGGACAUUGGAAUGAUCAUUUUACAUCAUUUUCCCCACUGACCUCCCACCCAUCGUGUUCACCAGCAAUAAACUUGAUUCUUGUG